AAAAUCGUGCCCCGGCUACUAGAUGGAGUGAUAGCGGAAGUGCCCGUACAGUCCGUCAAUGGAAGUGCCAUUUCUUUGUGCGCAUUGGAAUGCCAGAUGAAACCUUCAUGUCAACUUUUCCGUUAUAACGCAAACAAAUUAGAGUGCGACUUGUGUGACGGAAGAAGAUUUAAAAGAACUUCAAACGUUCAGCGAAACCAGUUUAAUCAGAAGAUGCCAGACUAUUGUGUGACAGGGCGCGACGAAUGGUUGCGCGAAUUUCAGACUUGCAUUUGGAUUCCAUCCCAAGUUUUUCCCUACGAAGAGGCAAAAAGUCUAUGCGAAUCAGCAGGGAAAAUCAUGUUAGGUACCAAGAACUUGUCACAUGUCGUGGACCUGAUGGAUCUUUUGAAUGCUAAAUACAUUCACGUAUACUCUCGUCGCACUGGAACCAAAACUUAUGAGAUGGACGACAGAACAUUGAUCCCAUCCACAUUUUUGUGUCCGGGACAGACAAGGGAAGACUCGGACUGUUUAGGGGUCCAAAACGACCCCCAAAGUAACUGGUCUACCUCUCCCGGACUUGACGAUAUCAUAUGUUCUCACACGCGACAGUUCUUCUGA